AUGAAAACACCGUCAUCUAUGCCGCCAAAGAGCAUCAAGAAGGGAGGGAUAGGGAAAAAGAGAGUUGCAAGAAACUUUAUUGACCUAGUGCUUGGUCUAACUUCCAGGGCGGCAUCUGGACCGGGUACUUCACUAGUGGCAGUCCAUCCUUUAGACAUUGACCUACGCCAGACAAAUAAUUCUACCUCCAUUACCGAGCCAGUUCGAAGUCAAACCGCUAUGAAGGAGAUGAAAAACACCGUUGAGCCAUCUGAUGAUGAAACUAGGGAGUCAGAUCUAGAAACCUCGAAUAGGAGUUCAUGGUAA